CAAAGCGCCAACAUAUAAAAAGUUACGGAUAUGAAAUUAAUAGAAUAAAAUGCGUAAGGAAAGAGGUUAAAUAUGAGCAACAGGUUCUGAAAGGUGUUGGACACACCUUUUUCUGGCUUUUGCACUAUUCUUUAUGACACUCCUUCCUUCUGCAACAUUCAGAAAUCAGGAAACGAGUAAACAGUUUUGAGAGCUCGGAUAGAAAAACUCGAGGAUCUGAAUGACUGAUGGACAUAAAUACUUGUGUGGACUAACGUGACGAUAUAACUGAAGGAUCUCUGGAACCGUACAGCUUAAGUAGUAACUAUCAUGGGUGAAAGUUGAGUGUCUAGAGGGAGUCUGCUUGUUUGUGUACACGUACCCAAUAUCUGUGAGUUGUCUUUACUCAUGUUUUCGUAUGUGGUACCAUAGAGUCCAAUGGCGGAGUUGAAACCGGUCUCAGACACUCAUUCAAUACUGGAAUCUAUGCUUCAGAAAUUACGACUGAAUGCUCAUACCAACAGUAGCUCAGUCACUGACAUGCAAACAUGCAGUCCAUCAGGAGAAUGUAAUGCUGGACCAUUGGAAGAUUCAUCUAAAAGAACAGUUUAUCAGUUAGGGUUUGGUUCCAAUGUUAAAGAGCCAGAUGGAAGCACCUCAGUCUCCAAUAAGUGGGAGAAUCCUUGGACUCAACCAUCCUCUCAUUGUGUGGAUGCAUUGACUCCUGUUGCUAAACAACCGGUCAGAAGGAUCAGUAAAAACAACUCGGGAUUCUCUGGUAAACCUAAACGUCCACCGUUGAUUUGGGGGGAAUCAGACGAUCAGAUGCCUGGGCCGGAGAAGAAGCAAACGUUUUCUCUGGAUAGGGAAACCAACUCAAAAUUGCAAUCGUUAUACAAUACAGAAUCCUUCCAAAACCCUCCUGAUCUUUUAGCUCCAACGCUAACAACAUCAUCUACACUGUUGGGAAAACCAGAGGUCAGAGGUCAAAGUGGCACAUGGAGUUGGGGUGCUGCAAUUGAGAGAAACGAAAGCCCCAGAUUUCAUGAGCAAUCAGUAAAAACAACAAAGACAAGUAGGAGGAAGUGGGGGGACGCUAAAAGGUGGGCUCAGAAUGUGAAAGAGAGAUGGAGAGAGAGACACAGAACCACACAGACCAGACAAAGACAUGAUGGAGAAAGACAAGUGCAGAAUGAAGUGCAAAGUUAUCGCUCUUCGUUAUUGGUGCCCAUCAAUGUGAAUGAAGCUCCUACAUCACCCACUGAGACCACCGAUAUCCAUCAUGAAGAGAUCAGCACAGCGCUGGAUGAAGAUGGCCCUGGUUCACUCAGCUACAUGAGUGAAAGUCUGUUCUCAUUUGGCACUACUUCUAAUUUAAUGGAGGAGAUCUUCAGCGGGACGGAGUGGGCUCAGUUUCUCUCAGUUAACAGCUCCAAAAUGCACCAGUCUAAAGAGUUACCAAAUACUAAUAACCGAUCAAGUGAAGAAGAACUGCAAAGUAAAUGGACUCACGAAGGCACAACAGAUUACCAAUUAGAUUCGACUCAGCUUUCACUUUCAGAGAGCUUUGCACAAGACAUGGCCUCCGAUAAACAAACCGAGACGUCUCAAAUGAGUGUUACUUAUCUCCCCACAAAUCCUUCACAAACAGACCUGUUUAGAAACCAGUCACAAAACACCAAUCUGAACCCCAACGAAUCUCACAAUGGUGAGCAAUCAUAUGGACAGUCACAUUUUUCCCAGCUUGAUCCAAAUGAAUCAAAGGCAACAUCUAGUCAAGUGUACGACCCCAGCCAUAACCUGCCACAAGGUGGGACGGAGGAUUUUAUACCCCUCAUUGACCUUUCAUACGCUAAGUCAAUAAAAAGAUCAUCUGUAACAUCCCGUGGAUCUCUGAGCCGGAAAAGAGAGCACUGGACAAAAAGCAGGGAUUCGUUUGAACACACAACACAAGAGAUGGAGGAGGAGGAGAACGGUGGCUCUUUCACAGCCGCACAGCUGACUUCAAACUCCCUCCGCAGCCCUUCACCAGCGUCUUCACUCGACUCAAUGAACUCAAUCUCUCAAGACUCAGAGACCUCUGAAACUUUGGAGACUGCAAACAAAAAGAGGAGGAUGGAAGACACUCGACGCGUUCGGUUCUCUGAGGAGGUUAUCAUCUUACCGCCCACCUACUGGCCAGAGUCUGAUGAUGAUGAUGAAGAUGAUGAUGAAGAAGACGAAGAAGAAGAAAAUGAUGAUAAUGAUUUGCAGGAAGAACCUUCUCCCCGUCAUUCUUUCCCUAAGUGGAUUGUGUCUCUAAAACCCAAAAGUGGAAAGUACAAAUUUUAAAUCUCUUCUCAUCCGACUCCACCUCUGAAAUUCUGCA